AUGAGGAUGAGCUCUAAAAGUUGGCCAAAAGAUUUCCAUUCCGCUUCCGAAGCUCCCAAUCAAGAGCUUGAGACAGACGAGGAAUGGAUUUGUAUUUCUCCAGACGAAACACAAACAUCAUCUGCGAAUCUACGGGUCUGCGGUUGCCGACCUGGUAAUACCUCUGUUUGCACUGGAAAUCUCAUCACUCCAUUCUUCCCACUAGAGAAAUCGAACCCCUUCAUCAAAGUCGAAUCAAGCCACCCUACAUACUCCGAACAAGAGUUCAACCAACCGCAGAACGAAGACGAUAUAGAGAAUAUCUUGAACGUGGGCUCGGACGAGGAGUACGAAAUGGU